AUCCAGCAGUUCUCCAAGAAGGAGAUCGAGGACCUGCUGCGCAAGGGCGCCUACGCCGCCAUCAUGGACGAGGACGACGAGGGCGCCAAGUUCUGCGAGGAGGACAUCGACCAGAUCCUGCUCAGGAGGACAACAACCAUCACCAUCGAGAGCGAAGGGAAGGGCUCCACCUUUGCUAAGGCCAGCUUCGUGGCGUCGGAGAACCGCCCGGACAUCGCCCUGGACGACCCCAACUUCUGGCAGAAAUGGGCCAAAAAGGCCGACCUGGACCUGGAGCUGCUCAACAGCAAGAACACGCUGGUGAUCGACACGCCGCGGGUGCGGAAGCAGACGCGCCACUUCAGCACCUUGAGGGACGACGAUUUGGUGGAGUUCUCCGACCUGGAGAGCGACGACGACCUGGAGCAGCGCCUGGAGCGCGGCGGCAACGCCCGCGGCACCCGCCGGCACCACCAGCACCAUCAUCACCACCAACAACCCCAACACGGUGGUGGUGCCACCCCCAACCAGCAGGGAGGGUUCGGGGGCCCCUACGGCCGCACCGAUUGCUUCCGGGUGGAGAAGAGCCUCAUGGUCUACGGGUGGGGCCGCUGGCGGGAGAUGGUGGCCCAGGGCCGGUUCAAGCGUCGUCUGUCGGAGCGGGACGUGGAGAACAUCUGCCGGGCCAUCCUCCUCUUCUGCCUCCUGCACUUCCGCGGCGACGACGGCGUCCGAGCCUUCGCCUGGGCCCUCGUGGCGCCCCCCGAGAACGGCCGCGCCCGCCCGCCCCACGCCCACACCG